AUUUUUUUUUUUUUUUUUGUCUGUUCGAAAAAAUCCAACAACCCUAGAUUAGUGCAAAAAAUAAAAAGAACAAAAUCAGUGUCUGUAUUGAGGCAAUGUAGAUGUGAUUCUUGUUGGAAAAUGGACAAACCUCAGAAGAAUCCUACUUCCCAGAUCGGAACUUCAACUCCUAAAUCCAAAUUCGAGGAUUCUCCAGUGUUCAACUACAUAAGCAAUCUCUCUCCCAUUGAGUCGGUCAAAUCCAUCUCCUCUGCUCAGACGUUUAGCUCUCUGAGUUUUACAUCUCCUCCUCCUGUCUUCACCUCUCCUCAUGUCAAUUCUCACAGAGAAUCCAGAUUCUUCAGAUGUCAUAACUCUAUUGAUCGUACAAAGCCCUUAGAAGCUCUAGAUGGAUCUGUUUCUAAAGAAGUUGUAGUACCAGUAAUUGAAGAUCUAAACAAAGAAGCUACCUUGGAAGAUGAAGAAGAAGAAACUUCCGUUGAAACGUCUUCUGAGCUGCCACAGAUCCUCAAGUCUGACAGCCAAACUCCUGACCGUAGUGAUUCACCUUGCAAUGAAGAUGUUACCAUGGAAGCUCCAUCUGAUAUUCCUCGAGGAGACAGUGGUUCCUGUUCUGAGGAUUUCAAGAUGGGUCUUCAGAAGAUGCUUGAUGUUCGGGAAGGGAAUGACACUCCUGAUUGCGGACGUUUGAUCUCAGAUGCAACUGAGCUGUUGGUAUUUCGCUCUCCGAAUGAUUCUGAGGCUUUUAGGUGCUUGGUGGAUAAAAUAUCAAGCUCAGAAAGACGUUUCUGUGCUGGUGUCAAGUCAACAAAGCGGCCUGAUAUCACCGAAGAUAAUCCAGCCAAUGGAUCCCGUAAUGAAAAUGAGCCUUUGGCUUUGCUUCCCAACGAGCCUGUCUUUAACUUGCAUCGUGGUGGCAUGCGAAGACGCUGCCUGGACUUUGAGAUGCCAGGGAAGCGGAAGAAGGACAUAGCUGAUGAUCAGCAAUCUGUGUGUGACAAUAAGGCGGCUGGUGAAUCUUCCUCGAGAUGUGUUGUACCUGGUAUUGGUCUUCAUUUAAACGCUGUUGCAUUGUCCUCAAGGGACACUAACAUCAAUGUCAUACAUGACUAUUCCAUAUCUGGAGAGAUUCAAAAGAGUUUUUCAGACUCUACCACUCCAAUUCAUUCCCAAGAAACUAUGCAAGAAAUUUCGGAUCAAGCAGAAAAUGAACCUGUAGAAGAAGUUCCGAAAGCAUUUGUGUUCCCAGAGUUGAAUCCGGGCAGCCUGAAGAAAAAGAAGCGUGUCUCUGAACAAGCUGGAGAGGAUUCAUGUAAGCGAUGCAACUGCAAAAAGUCAAAGUGUUUGAAGCUUUACUGUGAAUGCUUUGCUGCUGGAGUUUAUUGUAUAGAGCCAUGUUCGUGUAUAGAUUGCUUUAAUAAACCUAUCCAUGAAGAUACUGUCCUGGCUACCCGUAAACAGAUUGAAUCCCGAAAUCCACUUGCAUUUGCUCCUAAAGUCAUCAGAAGCGCAGAUUCCAUCAUGGAAGCUGGUGAUGAUGCAAGUAAAACUCCAGCUUCUGCACGACACAAACGUGGCUGCAACUGCAAGAAAUCAAACUGUCUAAAGAAAUACUGUGAAUGUUAUCAGGGUGGAGUCGGCUGUUCCAUAAACUGUAGAUGCGAAGGAUGCAAAAAUGCAUUUGGCAGAAAAGAUGGGUCUUUACUUGUUAUUAUGGAGAGCAAACAAGAGGAGGAUCAGGAGACAUAUGAGAAAAGAACAGCAAAGAUCCAACACAACAUUGAUGUGUCAAAAGAAGUGGAGCAGAACGCAAGUUCUGAUCAACCUUUGACACCACUGCCACCGUACAGACAUUUGGUGGUUCAUCAGCCGUUCUUGUCUAAGAACAGACUGCCUCCGACACAGUUUUUUCUUGGCACGGGUUCUUCUUCUUUCAGAAAACCAGACAGUGAUUUGACACAGUCACAUAAUGAGAAGAGGCCUUGUGAACUUGUGACUGAAGAUAAAACAGAGACUAUGCCUGAUAUUCUCCUCAAUUCCCCUAUAGCUAACAUCAAGGCCAUCUCUCCAAACAGUAAGAGAGUCUCUCCCCCUCAGCUCGGCUCCUCGGAAUCUGGCUCAAACCUGGGGAGGAGAGGUAAUGGCCGGAAGCUGAUACUACGGUCUAUUCCAGCAUUUCCUUCUCUCAACCCAAAUCAGUGAAUCAUAAACUAUUUGGUUAAUCAUAAAUUCUUUGUAUCUUGUAAUGUUCCAGAUCCUGUUAGUCUACAUCACUGUUUCCAUAACAUAAGCAACGUCUUGUAAGAUACUUUGAUUCCAGUAGGUAAAUCACAUUCUAGUUCAUAAUC